CCCGCCAUCAUGGAUGGGGGCGGAAGUGCUUCCGCCAGGUCGGGAUCCUCGGUGGUCCCAGGGAGUGAGCCUCGGUGGCAGUGCUGCUCUCCAGAGCUUAUUUUUUUUUACUGUUACAACCUCCCUUCUCUCUCCUUCCCUCUUCCUCCCCAUUCUCACCCUAUGUAGGUGGCGUACGUGCGACAGAAACAGAUGCGCGCGGAGGUCACAAGUUGCAGGAAGCUCACUCCUGCCGUGAGGAUCUCAGUAUAGAAUUUUAGAUGGAAUUUUAUCGGCUUUGGCGGCAAUCGCCUUUGUCUGUUGUGCCAUCUCGCCUACCCUGAGCGCUCUUUUUCCUUAGAGAAGCGAAGUAGUUAAGGUUGCAGAGCUGAACCUGUACUUGGUGGUCAAAGUCUUAGUGGCCCGGAGCCCCUUGCGUCGCACCCAAACCCUUUCCUGGGGAGGGAAGAGCUUCACAGGGGGGUUCAUUAUGGUAAAGAUACACGUAUGGUCGUGUUGCUGUCGGUCUUACAUGCAUGCACGCUUUUGCCUUCGAUAGACCAUCACAGCAACCAGGAUUGGGCCUUGGGACUCUUCGCUUAGGACUCGGCAGCUGGAGAGCUGGGUGACAGCGUGGUCCACCUUGUGAGCGUAGUUACCUGGGUCUUCUAUUUUAUUUAAAUAUUGUUUAGUGGCCACAAAAUGGGUUUCCCUGUUACAGGCCUCCUGUGGUGGAGAACGAUGGGGAGUCCAUGAUGCCAGAGGAUUGAACAUCCUGAGAUUGACCCAGUAAGAAAACCUGGACGUUCUGGCUUGCUGUUCAUAAGUCCGUUCAGGGCAGGGCCCUUCGUUUUGGAAAAGUUUGCUGAAGAAUUCUUUCCUAUGUUAACACAGAGAAAACAGUAUUGUGUGUUCAGCAGCCCUGUACCACAGACAGUCUCUGGGUUUUCUCUCCCGUUCACCAUUGCCACUACUUCGAGCAAGCAUUCCAGAGCAGAAGUGGAGGGAGCUGCCCUGAUUACAAGCCCGUCCCACAUCAGGCUCAUGUGCCUGUCUGCAGAAACCCACGGCUGGAACUUAAUUACAAUAAGCCUACUCAUCAGCAGACAUUUGAAAGACGAAGGUGCGAUUCAGCUGUAUCCAGCAUGCUCCAAGGUUACAGCUCCGUGGUCCAGGCCUUGCUGGGGACCUUCUUCACCUGGGCAAUGACAGCCGCCGGGGCAGCUCUCGUGUUCAUAUUCUCCAGCGGGCAGAGGCGGAUCUUAGACGGAAGCCUGGGCUUUGCCGCAGGGGUCAUGUUAGCGGCUUCCUACUGGUCGCUGCUCGCACCAGCGGUGGAGAUGGCGACAUCCUCGGGAGGUUUCGGUGCCUUUGCCUUCUUCCCAGUGGCUGUUGGCUUCACCCUGGGGGCCACCUUUGUCUACCUGGCUGACCUCCUGAUGCCUCACCUGGGUGCUACAGAAGACCCCCAGACAGCCCUGGCGCUGAACUUGGACCCUGCAUUGAUGAAGAAGUCUGAUCCCAGGGACCCCACUGCGCUGCUCUUCCCAGAGAGUGAACUUUCCAUCCGGAUAGGUAGCACUGGGCUUCUUUCAGACAAGCGUGAGAAUGGCGAGGUAUACCAGAGGAAGAAGGUGGCGGCUACUGACCUCGCAGAGGGAGUGGCCCCCUCAGGACCGGUGCACGGGAGCUCAGGGCAGCCUGGGGGGAGCAGCUGGAGGAGGAUUGCUCUGCUCAUCCUGGCCAUCACCAUACACAACAUUCCAGAGGGUCUUGCUGUUGGCGUAGGUUUUGGAGCAGUAGAAAAGACUGCAUCUGCCACCUUCGAGAGUGCCAGGAAUCUGGCCAUUGGAAUUGGGAUCCAGAAUUUCCCAGAGGGCCUGGCUGUCAGCCUUCCUCUGCGUGGAGCAGGCUUCUCUACCUGGAAAGCUUUCUGGUAUGGACAGCUGAGCGGCAUGGUGGAGCCCUUGGCUGGGGUCUUUGGAGCAUUUGCGGUGGUACUGGCUGAGCCCAUCCUGCCCUAUGCACUGGCCUUUGCUGCUGGUGCCAUGGUCUACGUGGUUAUGGAUGACAUCAUCCCCGAGGCCCAGAUCAGUGGCAACGGGAAGCUGGCAUCCUGGGCCUCCAUCCUGGGAUUUGUGGUGAUGAUGUCCCUUGAUGUGGGCCUCGGCUAGCUCUGACACACCGCGGGACUCCGUGAAGGAAAGCACCAGGUUUCUGUAGGACCACGAGCCCCUCCUCACAUUACAACCCGGUUCCUUUCUCCCCUCCGUCUCCUUACCCCAAAUCAGCUCUGAUUACAUUUUGACUCUUCGUCUUGCUUUGGAGGGAGACGCUGGUUUUCUUUGUAAUCUCAAGGUGUCAUAGAAACUGUAGAUUUGUGUGUGGACCACUGAGUGGAAGGCAUCUUUCUUCAGUGGGAUUGUCGAGGCUAACCCCUACUUGUCCCACCUCCAGUCUCCCUCACUAGACUCAACUUCAACACCUCAGGGUCACCUCCAGAAGUCAGCUCCUGGACUAGAAGUCCUGAGCAUGUUGGCCUGAGGUUUUGGAGCAGGCUGCCAGGGCCCCUUGUGCUCCUUCUCCAUAGACCCUCGGUCCACCUAGAAUGCUGGGACAGAAGCCACAUGAACCCACAAGCCUGCUUUCUGAGGCUGAGCCAGCUCAAACAGGGUCUGCUUCCUCUAGGGAGGCAUGCGCGGGAGGGCCCACACACCAAGGGAAGGAAGGCAGCUUGUCUCUCUCCUUUGUCCUAAGACAAGGAUUGGCAUUGCUGAUGUUAGAGCAAUAUGGAAAUGAGGGUGACCGUGAACAGGCAGCGCUCUAUGAAGAGCACUGUAAGCAGGUUUUAAGCCGAGCUUCCCUCUGUCCCCCGGGCUCUUUGUAGAUGACAAGAGCAGGCACUUGGUAGUGGCUCCCAGAUCUCCUAGCUAUUAAUCUUGAUGUGUUUACAGCCUUUGUUUUUCUGAGAGACUUGUGGAUACCAGCAAAUGGCAAAUACUCAACCCCCUCAUUGACUAACAGGGUUACUUCAGUCAACUCUAGGGAAUGACAUUCAGGGCCUGACAAGGCUCCUUCUCUGCUGGCCACUUGGAAACUUACUACCCAGAGUCCCUCAGCUUCAGCGGGCUUUGUGGGAAUCUGGCCAGCGGGCUUCUAAUGGGAAAGGAGGGAGGCUAGGGUAAGAAGAGGUAUUUUUACAUUCCCUUUCUUAAAAAAACUUAAAAUUCUGAGAUGACUGGACCUAGACUACAUGCUAACCUACCCCAUCAUACAUGUAGCUCCGCCAUCCGCUCUCCCAACGCAUCUGAGCCCUCUGUGGCCCAGAAGCAUGUGGGACUCAGAGAACAGGCUCUACCCCAGAGCCUGGCAUUUGGGUACUGACUGGGCUAUCAGUAUCUUGCCUCUGUGUUUACAUGUCCCUUUUCUCCAAGGAUGGAUAUUGUAGUCUGUGAAUGCUCAAGACCCCAGAGGCCAACCUUGGCGGGGUGUGUCCAUUCUUCUGACGCACUGGUGAUCAAAGGCUUCAAUCACACAUUGAAGCCAUAUUCAGAGAUUUGAUUGGUUGAGGUUAGCUGGUGCGGUGAUUGUCACGUGUGUACAUAUUUUUAUUCUUAGGUCUCCAUGUGUAGUUCUGUUGCUGCAAAUCAUGCUUUCUGCCGGAUAAGACCUCGUGACUGUGAUUAAUGUCAAUAAAGGGAAUUUUGUUGUGCAUGA